AUGAUGGAGUCAGACUCAGACAAGAAGUGUGAUCAUGUUCACGAACCAACCUACACGCCGACAAAGCUCCCGCUCUUAAUCUCACGCCCGACCACGGCUGCCGAGACUCCUCCUCCUCCUCCUCCGCCCUCGUCGCCGCCGCAGACCACGAUUUCGGUUCCUUUCAAGUGGGAGGAAGCACCGGGGAAGCCUAGACAUUGCCACACCGAAUCGGAGCCCGACGACGGUGUUAAAAGAACCUUGGAGCUUCCGCCGAGGUUGUUGUUUUUGUUGGAUGGGCCUUCCCCUACAACCGUGUUGGAUGGGCCUUACGUGGGCCGGGCCAUGUCCUUCACAACCUCCUAUAGGACUCCCAGGGGCUACUGCAAUUCCAACUUUGGGUCCUCCAGGUGGAGCGGUUACAAGAAGAUUACCACCGACGACUCUGAGGGUAGUUUUGACUUUUCACCUGACUGCUCUACUACCACGCCUAACGUGAAAAUCACAAGGGUUCCCAGACGAGGAUCCUCCUGGACUCUAUCCAAGCAAAGGUCACACAUAUGGGCAAGCAUUUAUGAAAGCUUUAAGCAAGUGGUCCCGUGGAAACGCAAGCAACAAACACAGAAAAAAUGUGCUUCCAAAUUUCACACUGUUUGA